CUAUUCACGUGUAGCUUUAUUAACGAUAUUGAAACAGCAUUGUCAACAUUUGGUAAAUAUUCUAGGUUUCAGCUACAACCUAACAAAGCUUUUUUUUAACUCAGCUAGCCCAUUGGCCAAGUAUUACUCUUUUGACCAGUAUUCCAAAGACCACCCACUACAGUACCUGAUCAUAUAGAUACUAGUACUCUGCCGCUAGCUUCACCGAGCCGUCUGUGUAAACAAAACUCGCGAGAAUACCGUUAUAAUAUCUGACAGUCUAUAUCUGCUCCCCAGUCCCCAUUUUCGUAAAGCAUGACGACCCAGAAAAAUAAAUGCGACUCCAUUUUGUCGGGUAUUUAUAGCAACAGGUACAGUCACAUUUUGACUCCCACCAACUUGAAACACUUGGCGAGAGAAUGGCUCAAAGAAGACACCCCGAGUUUCGACUACGCCGGUUUCGUUGUAGGGGAAAAGGAAGAAACUGCCGUGUUGUUAGUGAAAAGCCCCGGAGUUGUGGCCGGUCGUCCUUUCUUCGAUGCGAUUUUUGAAGAGUUGGAUUGUAAAGUGGAAUGGGAUUGCGAAGAAGGCGAGCAUAUAGAAAAUGUGAGGACUGUUGCUAAAGUGACUGGGAAGGUUCGGCAUCUGCUUCUGGGAGAAAGGGUAGCGCUAAACUGCUUGGCCCGGGCGAGUGGGAUAGCGACGUACGCCAGGAAACUGAAGCGGAUCGUUGAAGGUGUGGAGUGGAAAGGGGAGGUGGCGGGGACGAGGAAAACCACCCCGGGGUUUCGAAUGGUGGAGAAGUACGCCCUGCUGGUUGGCGGAGUGGCGACACACCGGCACGACCUCUCCUCCAUGGUUAUGCUGAAGGAUAACCACAUUUGGACCGCGGGAAAUGUAGCUCAGGCUGUUAAGGAUGUGAGAGUAGUGGCCGGAUUUUCCACGAAAAUUGAGGUUGAAUGUCGCAGCAUAGAGGACGCCACCGACGCAGCCACAGCAGGAGCAGAGGUGGUGAUGUUGGACAACUUCUCGCCAGAGGCAGCUGUGAAGUCGGCCGCCAUUUUGAAAGAACAGUUCCCUCGUCUGAUAAUCGAGGCAAGCGGCGGAAUAACAGAGUCGACAAUCACGAAAUACUGCGACAAGAACGUCGACGUCAUUUCCGUCAGUAAACUAGUCCAGGGUUAUGACAUUGUUGACUUUUCCAUGAAAAUAACAAAAGCUGGUCGAGACCCUCACAAUCCUACAGUACAUAUAUAAUAAUUAAAUUAACUGAUGUGAAUGGUUUUCAAAAUCAUGGAACCAGUGGAACCACUCGUUUAUGACGUGUACACCAGUCCCAUUAGUACACUGGCGUAGCCGGGAAGUGUGUGUGUGUGUGGGGGGGGGGGGGGAUAUGGGGAUCAUGUCCCUCCACAACCACACUUCUUAUUCUUCACCAUCAUAACACGUGUAAAUCAUUCAUAGACAUUGUGGUUGCUACCCCCCCCCCCACCCCCACCCCCCACCCCCCACCCCACCCCCCUUUUCCCAAUGCAGGUGUCCGUCCAGUACAAAAUCCUGGCUACACCAAUGCGUUAGUAGGCCUGUUAGCUGAGCAUUUGUGUUAGUAUAAACCUGUUCAUCGCUAAAAGGUCACGAGGUUGUUUAUCUCAGGGCUCAUGUGGAUAGUAUUUUGCUUGAUCAACUUGAGAACGUUUUAAUACUAUUCAAAUGUAUGCCAUUUAUGCAAAUUCAGGCACAUAGGAACGAUAUCUGGAUGAUUUGGGGUUGUUUUUGUUUGGGGGUUUUUGGGGGGAGGCCACAAUCUUUAGUGAGUGGGUCACAGCCUCAAGUGGGAAGGCACAAGCCAUAUUUUUAUCUUUAUUUAUAUAGAGUAGGACAAAUAAACUGUACAUUUUCAUUCUCGAGGGGCACCCUCCACACACACUCCCCGCCCCACCCGGUUCCAUCGGGCCUGAAGAUGUUGUUAACCAAUUACCUUUUAGCCAUUGCUUAAUUUGGCAACGUUCACUGGCAUUUGUGUAACUUAUGUAUAUAUAAUAUGUGUAUCUCGGUGUAUCUGUCUGUGCGCGUAUGUGUGUGCGUGUGUCUGUGUGUCUGUUGGUAUCAGAUGAGCCAGUUAUCACAGACAUAUUGCAGUUGCAACUGAAUGAUAAGCUUCAUUUAAAAUAAUAACUUACGUGGUAGAUUAUGUAAUUUGUGAAAUGUAUGUUUAUUAAAAAUGUAUCUAGUUAUCAAUAUUUUCUGCACAAAAACGUAAUAAAAAUGAAAAAAGCAAAGUGUAUUUUUAAAGGGU